AUGAGGUCGCACGGACACGCAUUCAUUGUGCGUCCUUUUUUACUCUGGACUCUUGUCUUUUUAUCUUUAUUAUUUAUUUUUACGUACGCAAAAUCAAAACUUGACUCUAAAGAACUCGUCCAAUUUACUCCUCCUAACUUCUCAAGAUUAGUGAGAGUUGUUAAUGCUCUUCCACCAAAACUUGACCUUAGUCCGAUAAAUUUAGUCCUUAUUUCUACACUGGAUGGCAACCUGCACGGUGUCGACCGGUAUACUGGCCAAGUGUUAUGGAGUUUAGAGGGUGCUGUUGAAGGUUCUUUGAUUAAAACAUUUACGCGUUCUUCGACUAAGCAGCAAAACGUAACUGGCCAAGAUGAGUUUGAAUAUGAUGGCCUAUUUGAUGAUAAUGAUAAUAGUCGAAUGAUCGACGAUUCUCAACUCACAAAGUUAAAUGGUGAUCUCGAAGAAGAAGAAGAUCCCGAUCUUGAAAUCACCUACAUCGUUGAACCCAAUAAUGAUGGUAUCUUAUAUAUGUUCUCUCCAAAGACCGGUCUUCAGACAGUCAAACAAUUGGUCAUGAAUUCUCCGUUUCGGUCUGUUGAUGGUAAAGUAUUCAUUGUCGGCAGCAAGUCUACAAAGUUUUUUGCCAUCGAUCCUGCUACCGGGAAGAUUCUCCAAUCGUUCAACAGCGAUAAUGAAUUAGAAAAUGAAUGUCCGUCUACGGCGUAUAAAAUUUCAAUUUAUAAUGAACGUGGUAAACCAAAAUGGAACCUCACCUAUACUGAAUAUGUCCCUCAUAGCUUUGACGCCAACAUUGAGUUGAUAUACAAUACUUCUCCUGAUGGUCAUUACAUUUCUUCUACUCAUAAUGGUGAAGUUCUUUCAACUGACUCUAAAAAUGGUGAACAUAAUUGGUAUCAACAAUUUUCUUCACCGGCUGUCGGAAUUUUUGACGUAUUGGCAUCAAAGGAAUUGUCAAGUGGUCUUCAUAUCGUGAGACAACCAAGACCUACUAUUGCCCAUUAUAAUCAUCUACCGCAACAAAAACCUUCUCAAUUAUCUGCGUAUGUUGGAAACAUUGAUGGUACUUUGUUUGUCAUGUCGGUUGAAAACUAUCCGUUAACCCAGUCUAUGCCAUUUGGUAUAUCUGGCAAUAUGGAUGAUGAAAAUAAGGUUCCCGAAAAUAACGAACGUUGUCAUCCUGGUUCUUCAAUAUAUCCAAAGUGUUUAGUUGGAAACCACAUGAUGACCACUUUUGAGCAAACAGUACAGGUCAUUGAUCCUCCAUUAAAGGACAACACAACUCGAAUUCCCAUGAUUUCUACCAAACCUCAGAUUACAGCGCAGGUCGAAUAUAGAAAACGAUUUGGAUCUUUAUUUGAAAAUAAAUUUAUGGGUUUCUUUAAACGAAGUCCCCAGCGUGAUUCACUUGCUACGAAGCCUGGUGGAAAAAAGGAUUCUCCGAAGAAGAAUAAGAAACGUGGAAAAUCAACCGUAGUAACAAAGUCAACAGUAGUAAUAAAGAAGUCGGAUGUAAAAGAUGAUGAAAAAAUGAAUAAAUUACCUUUGGUGAAAGGUGCGCCAGCAAAAGAAUUGUUGCCGAUAGUUGAUAAUGUUAGUGUUCUUCUCGCAGGAAAUCCAGGAAAUUCUAAUCUGGAUAAUUGUGUCGUACCUGCGAUCACGAAUCAUGUUACCACCAUCGUUUCGAACACUGUUAACGGUGAAUUAAAGUUGAAUUCAUUGGUGGUUACGGAUAUAAUUUUAGGUUAUGGAAGCCAUGGGACUAUUGUGUACAAAGGGUCCUUUGAAGGUCGUGAUGUUGCUGUGAAAAGACUUUUACUAGAUUUUUAUGAAAUUGCCUAUCAUGAAGUAUCAUUAUUACAAGAAAGUGAUGAUCAUCCAAAUGUUAUUCGUUAUUUUUGUAAAGAGCAAUGUGAUCGAUUUUUAUAUAUUGCUCUUGAACUUUGUCCCGCUUCAUUGUAUGAUUUAAUCGAACGAGGCUCAACAUUUCAGCAUGCACAUUUAUUAGCAUCGUUACAUCCUCCUUCCAAAAUUCUUUACCAGAUAGUCGCGGGUUUGCAUCAUUUACAUUCAAUGAAAAUAGUACAUCGUGAUAUUAAACCACAAAAUAUAUUAAUUGCCCCAUCAAAAAAUAAAAAAAUUAUAAAAGACGGUGUUUCACAAGCAUCUGUUAGAGUAUUAAUAUCAGAUUUUGGUUUAUGUAAAAAGCUGGAUGGUGAAUCUAGUAGUUUUCAUAAUACAACAAACAAUAUAGGUGGAACCAUUGGUUGGCGAGCACCAGAAUUAUUAUCACCACCAUCACUAGAUGGGACAAAUAAUGGUACAGAGGAAGUUUGGACAUCAGUAGAUCGUCUAAAUGAUAAUUCUUUCACAUCAUCGUCAUCAGGCUCAGAUCACGAUAAUGGCCAGCCGCGAAGAAUAACAAAGUCUAUAGAUAUAUUUUCAGCUGGUUGUUUAUUUUAUUAUGUACUUUCUGGGGGUGACCAUCCGUUCGGUGAUCGAUAUUCGAGAGAGAUAAAUAUUUUGAAAGGAGUUUAUGAGUUGAACAAGUUAGAUGGAAUGGGUGAAGAAGGUAUUGAAGCUAGAGAUUUAAUUGAAAGGAUGAUUGAACGUGAUCCUAAGAAAAGGCCGAAAGCGGGAACAGUGAUGAUACAUCCAUAUUUUUGGUCACCAUCAAAAAGGCUUUCAUUUUUACAAGAUGCUUCAGAUAGAUUUGAAAUAGAAGAAAGAGAUCCACCGUCACAACUCCUACAACGAUUAGAGCAAGGAGUUGGAAAAGUUAUAGGUUCAGAUUGGCAUAAAAGGAUCGAUAAAGUAUUUAUAGAGAAUUUAGGAAAAUAUCGAAAGUAUGAUGGAACCAAGAUUAGAGAUUUAUUGAGAGCUUUGAGAAAUAAGAAACACCAUUAUCAAGAUCUACCAGAACAAGUAAAAAGAGCAUUAGGUCAAAUACCUGAUGGAUUUUUACUUUAUUUCACGUCUAGAUUUCCCAACUUGAUGUUACAUGUAUAUUAUGUUAUUGCGGAAUUCGAAAAUUUGAGGAAUGAAAGUAUAUUCAAGCAUUAUUUUGAAAUACCUGGUGAAAUGUGA